AUCCCUAAUGGGUUUACUAGCGUCUCACACCGCUCCGAGGCCCAAGGACACGGAGGACGACGAGCGACCACCGCCACCGGUUCGGUCACACCAUGAACCGAUCCUGCCCCGAGGCGGAGGAGAGGGACGGCGGGCUGCGACGGGCCGUGACGGAGAUCGAGCGUCUUCUGGGCUACGUUUUCCGGGACCAGUCCCUCCUGGCGGAGGCGCUUACGCACUCCUCUUACCCCGAUCACCGGUCAUACCAGCGUCUCGAGUUCGUCGGCGAUGCAGCCCUCAGCCUCGCUAUCACCAACCACCUCUACCUCACCAACCCGGACCUCGGCCCCGGACGCCUCUCCGCCCUACGCGCCGCUAACAUCUCCACCGAAAAGCUCGCCCGCGUCGCCGUCCGCCACCGCCUCUACCGUUUCCUCCGCCGCAACUCACAUGCACUCGAUCAAAUGGUGUUCGAUUUCACGAACUUGGUGAUGAUGGAACGGGAGGAAGAAAUUGGGUGGGCUCCGUACGGCGGAAGCACCGUCAAAGCCCCCAAAGUGUUGGCCGACAUCGUGGAGUCCAUCGCCGCCGCCGUCUACGUCGACUGCAAUUUCGAUCUUGAGUUGCUCUGGAAGGUAUUCAGGGGGAUUCUAGAGCCGAUCAUCACGUCGGAGAACAUGGACGAGCAGCCGGUGACGACCCUCUACGAGCUCUGUCAGAAGCAGGGCAGAAGCAUCGAGAUCAAAAACUGGAAGAGAGGUUUUGUGAACAUCACCAACGUCUUUGUUGACGGAGAUCUCAUGGGCAUCGGUUGCUCGGAGCAGAAGACAAUCGCAAAGCUCAACGCUGCGAGAGAUGCGCUGCAAAAGCUGUCUGCUUUAGAGGAAGCCGACAUGGAGGUCGAGUUGAGCUCGGCCGCAGGCAAUGGAACUGCAGAGGAGAAAGAUGGAUCCAAGCAGAAACUAAACCAGUUUUGCAGCAAGAAGCAUUGGAUAAUGCCCAUAUACAAGGUUGAGAAAGAGCAAGGGCCUCCACACAGUAAAAGAUUCAUAUGCUCAGUCCAAGUUGAAACCAAGGGCUGCACCUUCAUCACCUUUGGGGAUCCAAAAUCAAGAGUGAAAGAUGCAGAAAAUUCAGCAGCAUUUAAGAUGUUAUCGGAUAUUUUGGUUGGUCGUUAAACAAUAUAUCCAUGUAGAAAACCAUCUAUAAAGUUUAACCCAAAUCUAGCUCGACGUUUAGUCAAGUAAAUGUUCUCUUUAGCAUCGUCUCGUCUCCUGCCAUGGUUUACGGUCGUGCUAAUCGUCUCGUUUGCUCAGAAAAAAAUUGUUUUUUUUCUUGUAAAAUACGACAUUCGUUCAAACAAACGAUAGUGAUCGAUAUUUAAAUUUAACUUUUUGUAUCAA